UAAGGUGUUAAUCGGUUAAUGAGCGGGCACCUCCUGCUGCCUGCGGGGCCAGGACCCUCCUGCGGCACAGGUCAGCUUUCCUCGGCAGGAGCGGAGCAGCGCUGGGGUUGGCCCGUGCCCGCUGAUCCCGGCAGUGACCCGCGGCCUGGCUGCCGCUUGGCCGGCACCGCGGGACUUCGCUAACCGCGGCACGAGGCCGGGGCACCCGCGGAUGAGCCGGGCUGGCCCUGACGCGUGUCCGAAGGGGGAGCCCCGGUAGCCCCGCGGCUGAGCCCGCUCGCUCGGGGCCCCGCCCCGCCCCGCCCCUCGCGGGCUGUGGAGCGCGGGCGGCGGGCAAGGGCUGUCGGCGGCGGGGUCGGGAUGGCGCAGCCCGCGGAGGCCUCGGACCACACAGCGACUGCCAGCGCCAGCAUGGACAACAACGUCCUGGCCAUCGUCAUCGCCGCCACGGUGUCCACCUCCGUCUUCAUCGUGGCGAUCCUCAUCCUGCUGCUGCUCUUGUACCACCGGGACCCCAUGUGCUGCCAAUUCCUCUGCUCCUGCCGCCUUUUCCAGACCCCCAGCCAGUAUGACCGCCCCCCGCCCUACUUCAGCAGCAGCCAGCAGCUGGUGGGACCCCAGCGUGGAGCCUCACGGCUUGAGAGCACUGCUGAGAACCCCGGCAUGCAGGGAGACGAGCUCUUCUCUGUUGGACCCCCCAGCACGUACCAGCUCCCAUCCUGGGAGCAGCCCCGCCUGCCCAGCUACGAGAGUGUGCGGAAGAAAGAUCGCCAGCGGGAAAUCCAUCAGAUGAUUGCUGACAGGUUUGGGCUGUGGGCGGAGCCAUCCCAGGAGAUGCCACCUCCUUAUGAGCAUGCUGUGAGGCAUCCUCCAGCUUUCUCAGGAACAGGAAUAAGCUCUGAGACCUUGGACAGACACAGUGUUUCAGACCCUUUCCAUGCCCCCCUCAGCUACCAAACUCAGCGUAACACUGCAGUGUAAGACCUUGGCCUCAGUGUACUGCUGCUUCCCGUGCUGUCAGCAACAGAAGUGCCUGGGAUACCAUUUUCCUCCACAGUGAAUGGCCAAACCUUCACCCAGAACCACAAUCAGCUGAAACAGGCAAGACCAACCCAGCCAUCAGUGACAUCCCUCUUGCAGCACAAGAACAACCACAGAGCCAUUGCUGGGUACUGCACUGAGCAGAGGAACCAGGGACAUCUGCUCACUCUGGCAAACACCAAAGGCAAAGGUCUAGCUGCUGGAGCUGCACAGGGCGAAGCCAAGGGGAAUGUCUGCUACGCCAGAGCUCCUCAGGAGCAGCAUUUCAUACCUCUGUGAGGCAGCACUGCUGCCUCUACAAAGGAUCAGACCUCAGGCACUGGUGGUAUUGUGCUGCUUCACCUGUUUCUUAGGUUAUCAAGUGUUUUCCUGUAUCUAGAUUACCUGCCAGGUGGAAAUCCUCAUCUGUGAGUGGCAGAAGGGAUGUGCUCUGGAGCAAUGGUGCAUGCUGUGGCACCAACAACCUCUGUGACUGACAACGGUUCUGUACAGAGCCCACACAUGGAUCUCGAGAGGCUCCAUGGGUUAUACCCAAAUAUAGACCACCAAGAUGAACCAUGGGACUGGAUUUGCAGGCUGGGAAAUAACAGAUGCACAGACUGAACAGCUGGAGGUCUACAUGAAGACUGUGAAGCACAGGUGAACAUGUGUGGCUGAACCAGUUCACCUGGUCUUCUGCAGAGCAGAAGAAUUGUCUAAAUAAUGUCAACACCAGUGUCCUUACACUACUGAUUUUGAUAACCUGUUUUCUACUACAGACUCAAUGUUUCAAAUUGUUUACAAGCCCGUAGCUAAAAUGAGAUCAGUUUGGGCACAA